AUGAAUGGAGAGGGAGGAGAAACCAGCAAAAGAGAUGAGAUCAGUCAGCAGAAGGUUGCAUUCUACAGACUCUUCUCAUUUGCAGAUGGUUUGGACAUAGUGUUGAUGACUGUUGGCACCUUGGGUGCAAUCGCAGAUGGGUUUACGCAGCCGCUCAUGACGCUAAUGAUGGGUCGUGCCAUCCACUCCUUUGCAACCUCGGAUCCUUCUCAUGUUGUUCAUCAAGUAUCAAAGGUGAGCCUGAUGUUCUUGUACUUGGCUGCUGGUUCGGGCUUGGCAGCAUUCAUACUGUGUAUUUUGGUCACAGAGUCUUCGAGUUGGAGGGUGACUGGAGCUAGACAGGCAAAUAGCAUCCGAAGUCUCUACUUGAAAACAAUAUUAAGACAGGACAUUGAAUUCUUUGACACUGAAACUACCGCUGGAGAGGUCAUAGGGAGGUUGUCUGGAGACACUAUUCUCAUUGAGGAUGCCAUGGGGGAAAAGGUUGGAAAGUUCUUACAAAAUAUGUCAACUUUUGUUGCUGGUUUUACGAUUGCCUUCUUAAAAGGGUGGCGACUCGUCCUAGUUUUGCUUCCAACAAUUCCUCUUGUUGUCAUGGCUGGAGCAACAAUGGCAAUGAUGAUGUCAAAAAUGUCGAGUCAUGGACAAGUUGCAUAUGCAGAAGCCGGAGCUGUAGUAGAAGAAACGGUAGGAGCCAUCAGAACAGUGGCAUCCUUCACUGGGGAGAAGCACGCCAUAGAAAAUUAUAACAAGAAGCUCAAAGUGGCCUACACCUCUACUGUUCAACAAGGGCUGGCCUCAGGCUUUGCAGUUGGAGCGGUUGUGAGGAGGGAUACAAUGGUGGAACUGUCGUCAACGUCUUGCUCUCUCUCAUGGUUGGAGGAUCAUGGUCUCCGGUAUAGGUCAUUGGGCCAGGCAUCCCCAUGUCUAAGUGCUUUUACAGCAGGGCAGGCAGCAGCAUAUAAGAUGUUUGAGACAAUCAAACGGAAACCAAAAAUUGAUACCUAUGAUACAAGUGGGAUUGUAUUGGAAGAAAUCAGGGGAGAAAUUGAACUCAAAGAUGUGUACUUCAAAUACCCAUCAAGGCCAGACGUGCAGAUAUUUGGUGGUUUCUCAUUGCACAUUCCAAGUAGAACAACUGCAGCUCUAGUUGGGCAGAGUGGAAGUGGGAAGUCGACAGUAAUCAGCCUGUUGGAAAGAUUCUAUGAUCCCGAAGCCGGUGAAGUACUGAUUGAUGGUGUUAAUCUAAAGAAACUAAAUAUCAGAUCUAUAAGGGAGAAAAUUGGGCUAGUCAGUCAGGAACCUAUCUUGUUUGCAGGUACCAUAAAGGAGAACAUAUCAUAUGGUAAGAAAGAUGCAACCAAUGAAGAGAUCAGAGCAGCAAUUGAGCUUUCUAAUUCUGCAAGAUUCAUCAACAAGCUACAAAGGGGGCUGGACACAAUGGUGGGUGAACAUGGAACGCAGUUAUCUGGAGGACAGAAGCAAAGAAUUGCAAUUGCAAGAGCCAUUUUGAAGAAUCCAAGAAUCCUUCUCCUCGAUGAAGCAACAAGCGCACUGGAUGCUCAGUCAGAAAGAAUUGUCCAAGAUGCCCUAUUAAACAUCAUGGCCGACCGGACAACUGUAGUCGUAGCUCAUCGUUUAACAACUAUCAGGAAUGCAGAUGUCAUAGCAGUGGUGCAUCAAGGGAAAAUUGUGGAGCAAGGAACUCAUGUGGAGUUGAUCAGAGAUCCCAAUGGGGCUUACUCCCAGCUGGUUCGCCUCCAAGAAGGAACCAAUCAAGCUGCAGAUGCUCAAAAGGUGGAUAAGAUUUGUGAAAGAGAGAAUACCCAAAAGAGGUCCAGAACACGUAGUUUGUCCUAUAAAUCCGUGAGCAUGGAUUCAUCAAGUAGCCACCACUCCUAUUCACUUAGCUUUGGCCUCCCUGUUCCAAUUGGUAUGGAUGAGAUCGAAGUGGGCAGGGAGGAGACUACUCAACAAGGUGAGGCAGAAAAUGAGAAAAGCCCUAAAGUUCCACUGAGACGAUUGGCCUAUCUGAACAAGCCUGAAGUGCCAGUUCUGCUGCUUGGAACCAUUGCAGCUGCCGUACAUGGUCUAGUCUUCCCCAUGUUUGCAUUCUUACUUUCAACAGCUGUUAAAAUUUUCUAUGAACCUCCCAACCAGCUACAAAAAGAUUCCAAGUUUUGGGCACUCUUUUUUGUGGGUCUGGGUGUGCUGGCUCUGAUAGUUGGUCCACUGCAAAAUUUUCUCUUUGGAGUUGCAGGUGGUAAGUUGAUAGAACGAAUUCGUUCUUUGUCAUUCGAAAAGGUUGUGCAUCAAGAAAUCACUUGGUUUGAUCACCCAGGAAAUUCAAGGUGUGUUAAACAAAAACUCAUAAGCAAUGGUGCAGUUGGUGCGAGGCUAUCCACCGAUGCUUCAACAGUGCGAGGUCUCGUGGGUGAUGCAUUGGCCCUACUUGUCCAGAACUUAACAACAAUCAUAGUAGGACUCAUCAUAUCAUUCACAGCAAACUGGAUCUUGGCACUAAUAAUUCUAGGUGUGAUGCCAUUGCUAGGUUUUGAAGGAUUCGUUCAGGGGAAAUUUCUAAAGGGAUUCAGUGCAGAAGCCAAGGUGAUGUAUGAAGAAGCAAGUCAUAUUGUCAAUGAGGCUCUUGGCAGCAUCAGAACUGUUGCAUCAUUUUGUGCAGAAGAGAAGGUGAUGGAAAUGUAUGAACAAAAAUGUGAGGCCACCGUGAAGCAGGGAAUUAGGAUAGGACUUGUGAGUGGUAUAGGGUUUGGGUCAUCUGCCCUCGCACUCCACUGCACAAAUGCGCUUGUUUUCUAUAUUGGAGCUAUUCUUGUGGAACAUGGGAAGGCGACUUUCCCACAACUUUUCAAGGUAGCUUUUGAGUCAAACUGUUUGUAGGUUUUCUUUGCUUUGACAAUUUCAGCAGUUGGACUUUCCCACGCUAGUGCCAUGGCUCCUGAAACCACCAAAGCUAAGGAUUCAGCUGCUUCCAUAUUUCACCUUCUUGACAGCAAGCCCAAGAUUGAUUCAAGCAUCAAGGAGGGCACAACCCUAUCAACUGUGAAGGGUGACAUUGAGUUGCAGCAUGUCAGCUUCAAAUAUCCAACAAGGCCAGAUGUUCAAAUUUUCAGAGACUUGUGCUUCAGCAUCCCCUCCGGGAAGGCUGUUGCUCUAGUUGGAGAGAGUGGAAGUGGGAAGUCAACAGUGAUCAGCCUAAUAGAGAGGUUCUAUAAUCCUGAUUCCGGGGCUAUAUUGUUGGAUGGAAUGGAAAUCCACAAGUUCAAACUAAGCUGGCUGAGACAACAGAUGGGGUUGGUAGGUCAAGAGCCUAUACUUUUCAAUGAGACAAUUCGAGCCAACAUAGCUUAUGGUAAACAGGGAAAUGCUUCUGAAGACGAGAUCAUUGCAGCCACAAGAACCGCAAAUGCCCAUGACUUCAUAUCUGCAUUACCCCAGGGCUAUGAAACCACAGUUGGGGAACGAGGGAUGCAGUUGUCAGGAGGGCAGAAGCAGAGGAUAGCCAUUGCAAGGGCAAUCAUAAAGGACCCAAAGAUCCUUUUGCUUGAUGAGGCAACCAGUGCACUAGAUGCAGAGUCAGAGCGUGUAGUACAAGAAGCAUUAGAUAGAGUGAUGGUGCAUAGAACAACUGUUGUCGUGGCUCACUGCCUUACCACCAUCAGGGGAGCUGAUAUGAUCGCAGUGGUGAAGAAUGGUGUGAUUGCCGAGAUGGGAAGACAUGAUAAACUGAUGAAGAUAGCUGAUGGGGCUUAUGCAUCAAUGGUAGCACUUCACAUGAGUUCAUCCAAAGGGGAAGAGCAAGAGUAAAUGAUAACUCCAAGGAAAAUUCUAGGGUACCUCCUUCGCUACCGUACCAAAAAGUUUUCAAUCACUUUUCAGUACCAUAGAAUGACCCUAACUCCAAUACUGCAUUCAACUCAGUUUUCUCCAAAAAACGGAGUACUAAAGUGACGUCGGCAACAAGUAAACCAGCAAGGUUUUAUAUAGGGCCUCACAUAUGCAAAGUUGUGAUAUUUAGAAC